AUGCCGUCGCAGGUGGCAGCAGGCGCCGUCUGCCCCCGUCAGCGCUGGGACAGGACGCGCUUCCCGGGGCCCAUCGCCGACACGCCGACGUCGCGCCAGCGGAUCCGAACCGGGGUGGCCCGCAGGACCGUGAAGAAGAUCAAAGGGAAUUUGCUGUGGUACCAGCACCUGGAGGAAGCCAAGGGCCAGCCUGGGGCGCCAACCAGGCAGGGGGAGCAGUGCCAGCGCCUGACCCAGGACAUCGCCCGCCUCCGGGCCGAGCAGCAGCAGCUGGAUCUGCAGGUGGAGAGCGCCCAGCGCCAGCUCCAGGCGGAAGAGGAGGCCCUGGCGAUAGUGCAGGAGCAGGUGUGGGACGCGCGGCGCCGGGCGCUGCUGCUCCAGGCCUACAUGGCGCGGGUGGCCCGGCAGCGCCAGCACCUGCAGGAUGGGGCCGCCCAGCUUGGCGCCUGGCUCACGCGGCUGCAGGACAUUGGCAGGAAGGCACAGGAGGAGCUGGUGCUGCCCGGACCCCGCUUGGACCCCGCGAUCCCCGUUCCAGAGCCUGAGCCGCUGCGGGCUGUGCGGGCAGCCUGUCAGCUCCGGGCUGACUUCAUGAAGACCCUCCUGGAGCAUGACACAGCAGGGAUCCUCCAUAGCAGGAUGAACACGGAGCUGCUGGAUGCCUCCUACCAGCACUGGCUGAGCGCAGUGGAGGACACGGUGAGCUCCCACCCCCCUGGUCACCUACUGUCAGCGCUGCAGCACCUGGCGCUGGAGGACAUGCGGCAGCUGCAGGAAUUGACCCACCAUGUUGAUGUUCCCCGUGACAUCCAGGCCCUCAAGUUCCAGCUCCACGGGGCUCAUUUGGAAGAUCUCUCUGCAUCUGCUGGGGCCCUGCCCUCUGUCCGGGGCUUGCUCCAGGAAGGCUGGGGCCAGUGCGAGGCGCUGUGGGCCCAGCAGCUGUCCCUGCACGCACAGUGCCGGCACCUGAAGGAGGAGUUGGCAGUCCGGCUGGCAGAGGCCCAUCGACUGCUGGCUGAUGGCUCGGAGCGUGCCAUUCUUGCCAGGGCAGCACUGGAGCUGGAGCUGCGGGUGGUGCGCCUGGCUGGGCAGCGGGAUGGGCUGCUGCGGAGCUGCCGUGCACUGGAACAGGAGGCAGGUGCCCGCCGGGCUGAGCUGCAGGCCCUGCAGGGCAAGCGGCAGCAGAUCCUGGACUUCCGCCUUCUGGUGGAUGAGAAGCAGCAGAAUAUCCAGGCACUGAUCAAGGGCACCUCAUUCAUCAAGUCCCAGCUCCGUAAGCACCAGGCUGAGGUGCGGGCCUGGUCCCAGGGACGCCUGGCAGGGGCUGAGGAGGCCCUGGCCCUGGAGUGCCAGCACCUGCAGGGGGGUGUUGAGCGAGAGCUCGGCCAGUUUGGGGCCAUCGCCCUGCCUGUCCUUCUGUGCCGCCACUUGGGGUCAGCACCAGCCUCAUGCCAUCAGCUGUCCCUCCACUGGCUGGUGGGGGCAGGGGUUGGGGUGCCCCGCCCCUUCCUGGGCAUGUGCCAGAGCUUGGGGUUCCCCCCCUACAAGGCCCCCGAGCAGCUCCUGGCGCACGCGGUGGAGCUGAGGCAGGAUGUGUGGCACCUCCGGGUCCAGCUGGGUGCCAAGGCACGGGCACUGGCUGGGCUUCAGGCCUCGCAUGGGGAUGAGGACGUGCAAGCCCUGGUGCGAGCCGUACGAGAGCACGACCAGGAGCAGGAGAAUGCCCUGGCUCCGCAGGUACGCCGUGUCACGGAGCAGUGCCAGCGCCGCCUCGAGCACUGGCCCCAGCUGCAGGCUGCUGUGGAUGCGUGGUGGGAGCAGCCGGGGCAGUUUGUGCUGCCGGAGUGCCGACGCCUGGGCCUCACCCUGCCCCAGUGGCUGGAGCGCUGGACCCUGGCUGCCUCUGCUCUCCAGCGCCACCACCAGCAGUGUGCCUGGGACUGAGGUCCUGCCCCAGGACGGAGCCGUGCUGGCCGCACUGCAGAGAAGCUGCCUGGGGACCCGACAAGAGGGCCAGCUACUAGCACCAGUGCCCACACCUAUGGGGGUGUGGCCAUGCCCACCUGGGCAGGGCUACAUGAUCCCACCCGUGAGGGGGUAGCCAAGUAGCCGCUGCACCCUCAGAGGCAGGGCUCUGCCAGUCACAGCCAAGGCGUGUGGUGGGCGGGAAACCAUGCUCCUGGGUGUCCAAGGUGGGACGUUUGUGGGGACGGAGAUGUGGGGGUGUUCUGUACUAGUUACUUCUCAAUAAACAUUUGCAUUACA